GUAGUGUAAUUGACCUGUACCUUCUAAUACUCCUUUUUAGCAAGAUACAAAGAAGCUUUUUUUUUAUUAGACUUAAAUCAAAGUAACUUAGCGCAUCAUUCCAUAUUCCCUUAUUAUUCUCUAAGUUCUUUUUAUUUUUGAUUCCUAUUUUGUUUUGACGAUUACGGAAUUAGCAUUAAGUCGUAUUAUUCUUAUUGGCAUAUAUUUAUUAUAGCUAUUAAUUUAUAAAAUACUGUUUGGUAAAAAGAGAGGGAAGAGGCUAAAAGAUGAUUCCCCUGUUCUUUCUAUGUUAGAAAUCUACAUAGCAAUAUUAAUGUAUUCUACACAAAAUGCUGGCUUCCUUCACUUGCGUUUUUCUACAUUUUUACAUGGAAAAAGUGGCCUUUUUCUAUGAAUUAGGGUCUUAGUACUGAACUGUAGGGAGUGUUUUUCUCUAAGUUCAGCAAGGUCUAUCGUAUUCUUUACCAAGCUUCUAUAUCAGUGAACGUAAAUAGGCAAAUUAUUGAUUUACAACACUUAUCGUCACUUAGUUCUAUUCACAAUUUAGUGAGCAAGGGGGGAAAACUUGUUUUUAGUUAUUUACUUAAGUUUAGUUUUUUUUUCAAAAAGUGCGAAGAUAGACAACUGAGAAAGUCAAUGUCGGCCUUAGUACCUUCUGAUGCUGUAGCGUUGUUGUAUCGGCGUUACCUCAAGUCAGCCAACCGCAUUCCCAACGUUACCAUCCGCAUGCUACUUAUCCAACAGAUUAGAAGCGGAUUUCGUCGUAAUCGUACCAUUAGAAGCGCCCCUGCGCAGCGUGAGUUAAUUAGUCAGGCACAUAAGGAUCUUAACAUCUUAGAGGAUGAUCGCCUCUCGCGGACACUGUAUAUUAAUCGUCUCGGACUAGUUUCGUGUUUAGAUUGGGAAGUACGUCGAACAGAAUAUAACUUUGCCCCUGAAACGCAUAUUAUAAUUUCGGUACUAUUAUCCUUUGCUUUUGUACUUUUUGCUAUCAUGAUAUUCAAUAGCAAGCGCAUUGAGGAGUACCGCCCUGACAUCGCUAACAUGGUGGAUCUCAUGGCAAUGCGACUGGAGGGUGACUCCAUAGAAGAACUCAAGGCACUGCGUCAGCAACAGGUGCGCAAUGGUCUUGAAAGACUGGAGCAUCAGUUGUCGCUAGAGCAACGAGUUCUGGCGACAUUUCACGAGGCACCGAAGAUAAGGCAAUAGCCACUUUGAAUGCCUAACGGCACACCGGCAAGUAAUGAGCACCGAGGUCCUGUUGUGUGAACAUCUUGAGCUUUAUAAAACGACAUCAAAUGUUAUAAUGUUAA